AUGUCGUACUUAAAAGAACGAGGCAUUUUAGCUCCUAAAAAUAGUGAUGUUGAUGAAAUCAAUUCUAUUAUGCUUUCGAUGCUUCUUGGAGAGAUGAAAACUUUUAACAGUGCCGAUAAAUUGUGUCCAACAGAAAGUGAGAGCAAUGUUCAAGACAUGAACCCUCCUGAACUUUUGCAUUCUUUGAAUUUACUAGGACUUCCAAAUCAUUGUUUGCAGUUGAAAGUUAGAACACCAAUAAUGCUUCUAAGAAAUGUCAACCAAUCUUUGGGAUUAUGUAGUGGCACUCGAUUAAUUGUUGAUAAGAUGGGAAAUCGAGUAAUUGAAGCUAGAGUUAUUACAGGGUCUAGAGUUGGUGAGAAAGUACUACUUUCACGUAUUGUUUUAACACCUUCCAAAAAUCAUGCUCCUUUUACAAUGAAAAGAAGGCAAUUUCCAAUAAAGUUGGCAUUCACUAUGACAAUAAAUAAGAGUCAAGGGCAAACUUUGAAGAAUGUGGGCCUUUAUCUUCCGAAUCCAAUCUUCUCUCAUGGCCAGCUGUAUGUAGCUCUAUCACGUGUCACCUCCCCAUCAGGCUUAAAGGUGUUGAUUAUUAAUAAACAAGGCAUACCGGAUGAUGUCACCAAAAAUGUAGUUUACAUAGAAGUUUUUAGUGGCAUUGAUCAAUAA